ACUUCCUCCUGCUCGGGGCCGAAGACCCGCGGCAGUGAGCGGCGCUUCCAGAGCGCACCGGGCGGUGGCCAGACGGCCCCGGCCCAGCCUGCGAACGCCACUCCUGCGCUCCGAAGUCCGCCGUUCGCUUCUCUCUCCGGCCACCCGCAUGGACGCGGCGCCGAAGCGGAGCCGGCCGGAGGAGGCGGCCGAGCUCCCGCCGCCAGCCCGGGGGGAGGAGGAGGAGGAGGAGGAGGGGAUGGAGCCAGGGCUGGAGGAGGAGGAAGAAGUGGACCCCCGGAUACAGGGAGAACUGGAGAAGUUAAAUCAGUCCACGGAUGAUAUCAACAGAAGGGAGACUGAACUUGAGGACAUUCGUCAGAAGUUCCGCUCUGUUCUGGUUGAAGCGACAGUGAAACUGGAUGAACUGGUGAAGAAAAUUGGCAAAGCCGUGGAAGAUGCGAAGCCCUACUGGGAGGCAAGGAGGGUGGCGAGGCAGGCACAGCUGGAAGCCCAGAGAGCCACCCAGGACUUCCAAAGGGCCACGGAGGUGCUCCGUGCCGCCAAGGAGACCAUCUCCCUGGCUGAGCAGCGGCUGCUGGAGGAUGACAAGCGACAGUUCGACUCAGCCUGGCAGGAGAUGCUGAACCACGCCACCCAGAGGGUCAUGGAGGCGGAGCAGACCAAGACGAGGAGUGAGCUGGUACACAAGGAGACAGCGGCCAGGUACAACGCAGCCAUGGGCCGCAUGCGGCAGCUGGAGAAGAAACUCAAGAGAGCCAUCAGCAAGUCCAAGCCUUAUUUUGAACUCAAAUCAAAGUACUACCUGCAACUUGAGCAGCUGAAGAAGACAGUGGAUGAGCUGCAGGCCAAGCUGGCCCUGGCGAAGGGCGAGUACAAGACGGCCCUGAGGAACCUGGAGACCAUCUCGGAUGAGAUCCAUGAGCGGCGGCGCUCCAGUGCCAUGGGGCCCCGCGGGCGUGGCGUCGGCGCUGAGGGUGGCAGCACAGCCACUGAGGACCUGUCAGGGGGCAAGCCUGAGCCCGAUGCUGUUUCUGUGGCCUCCGAGGCCUUCGAAGAUGACAACUGCAGUACCUUCGUGUCUGAAGAUGACUCGGAAACCCAGUCUGUGUCCAGCUUCAGCUCAGGACCCACAAGUCCGUCCGAGAUGCCUGACCGGUGCCCUGUGGCCGUGAGGCCGGGCAGCUUGGACCUGCCCAGCCCUGUGUCCCUGUCGGAGUUCGGGAUGAUGUUCCCGGUGCUGGGACCUCGCAGCGAGUGCAGUGGGGCCUCCUCUCCUGAGUGCGAGGUGGAGCGAGGAGACAGGGCAGAAGGGGCAGAAAAUAAAACGAGUGACAAAGCCAGAAGUCAUCAGGGUCUCGGGAGCAGCAGCGGUGACAAUGGCAAGAGCCCGAGUGGCCCGUCCGAGGCCCGGGCCUUGGAGGACAGGAUGCGGCAGCUGUCCCUGCAGGGCUCCAAGGGCAGAGAUGAGGUCAUCGUGGACAUGAGCAUGGUGCAGGUUGGCUGAUCCAGCCGUGGCUCUGGCCUAAGCACAUAGCGAUAUUUAUACAUGAAACUGUACGGAGAGCAUUGUGCCAAUAAUCAUUUGAUGUAUGCCAAAUCCUAGCAUUUCCUCUAAACUGCACUAAUAACGUUUCAGUGACCUUGAGGGCAGAAGAUGUUUCUUCUGGGUGACAGCUCUUGGGCUGGAGCGUUUUUCAGCGCAGAGUUAUCGUUGCAGGUGGGCUGUGAGCAGGCCCACAGCCUUUGUAGGACGUUCCUUGUCACCGUGUCAUGGAAGCAAUAACUGGUCCCUGGGAAAGACCCCGAGUCAGGAAAAGGGAUGGGAAAUCGAGCCCGGCCAGGGUCAUCUGGGAAAAUGACCUGUUUUCUCCUUUAUAUCCCAAGGGAUCUAAAGGAAAAAAAUACAUGAGACAAAACUCAACACCUUUUUGACCCAGUGAAAGCUUUCCAAAAAAAAAAAAAAAAAAUCCGAGAACACAGUUCAUGUUCAUUAUCUCUGAUUUAUGGAGGGGGAUUUUAGAAGAGUAUAUUUGCUGGGACACCCAUUAAAAUCAUUUUCUAUAUAAGCUUACCAUGAGCUGCACUUUUUGGGGGUGGGAAAGGUGAAUGCUGGUCUGGGGGUGGGGAGGGGGACGAGGGCAGCAGGGGCCUGUCACAGAAGGGGGUUCGUGGCUGUUGGGGAGAAGGUUCUGUAGCAUAAACCUCAUCCCAUCAGCCAAGGGGACUUAUUCUAAGAGAAGUUGCAUGUGAGGAAUGGUUGCCAGUGUUCUAGAUCGACAAGGUGUUAAUUUCUCCAUAGGUUGUAACUUUAACAAUAAAUUAUGAUGCACUAGUAUUUCUUAGAGGAAACUGUUCCUUCCAGCUAGGAAAGGGAGUAGGCAUGUGUUGGCAAAGGCUGUUAAAUAGAAGCAGUGGCGUCUGUUAUGCUAAUAGUAUGUUAUGUGACUGCUGUUCUUGUUUUCAUGGUUACAUGCAUUUAGAGCUUUGUAUUUCAUUUGUCCUUUUCUGUUAAAACUUCGAUUUUUAAAAGAAAAAAAAGCAACCCCAUUCAAGUUGUCCAUUAAUUCUGUCAGCUUAUAUAUCUGUCAUUUGUAAAUCUCUUCAUACUAUCGUGUUUUCUCCUUUUUUAAUGAUUGAUACAGUAUCCUAAUUAUGAGGUUAUUUUGUACUUGUCUUAAUACCUUGAGUGUAAUAAAAAUGGCUUAAGAAAA